GGAUAAUAUGGUAAUAGCCAAAGUAAAAUGUAAGUUGCUUCAUUAUGAAGAGCAUGCAGUGCUUUAUCACUUUUUAUGUAGCCAGUGUGAUUUCUGUUACUUGUUGCAGUGAUUGGAGGGGACUUUGAUCUACAGGAUGUUCAUAUGACUGCCCUUGUGUUUACCUGGAAGGCUUUUUUUUGUUUGAUGGACAGUGCUUCAGUCCCUGCACUGUGAAAUACCUUGUAGGUCUUGGUCUUCUGAUAACUUUCAUUUCCAUGCUAUUUUGCAUAAAAAAAUUUGGUUUGUUUAUGACUGUUAGUGACUCUCGUUCUUCUCAUAUGACCUCAGUAAAUAGGGUUUUCAGCACUCAUGAUACUUAGUACUCUGUGAGGCAGUCUGGGAGCUGUUAGUAAUUAUUUUUGAGAGGCCACAGAUAAUGUGUGAUGUUUUAGAAGGACUGGGAAAAAACAAAUGUAGCGAUUGUCAGUUAUCAGUAGGGGCAGAGAGAGGAUCUGCUUAUAGACUUCUUUGCUUGAAUUACAGUGUUUCCCUGAGAACUGAAUAACCAAACUGUUCAUAAGAAUCUAGAAGACAAUGAAGUGAUGAGGAAUGGUUACUGCUGAUUUAGUUAAGAAAAAUCACAUCAGGCCAUCCUAAUUUCCUUCUUUGACAGGGUAACAGACCUUGUCAAUACAGGAGAAUCUUGGUCUUGGUACCAUCUGUCAUGUUGCAUCUAUCAUACCAUCUCUCAAAAGCCCAGCUUUUGGCAUGUUCUUGUAUAAGGUUUAUAAGUGAGCUAAGGAAAAUGUGGAGAUUAAAUGGUGAUGAAAUGAAUAUGUGGCUGGCUGGAUAACUGUUUUCUUAAUUGCUAUUGGCUCAGACUGAGAGAGAGAGGGAGAACAAAAUCUAAUGGUGGAUCAUGAGCCCUAUUCCUGAGCCCUCUCCUGAGGUUUAAAAUAGAUGCUUUCAAGUAUGAGUUAUUGGGGGGGUGGGGAGUAUUGUUUGUUUGGUUUGGUGGUGAUCCUUAUGAGGUAUGCUUUUCUGGACUAAGUCUUGUUAACUCUGUAGAGCUCAAAUGUCAGUUUUAAAUUUUUUUUUUUUUUUUUAAAAACAUUGGCCAAACCUAUCAUUUUUUUCAAGUAUAAAACAGUUCUUCCAAGCUGAGAAUUCUUCUUUUAUCUGUCAUCUCUCAGUAAAAGGCUGAGACAUAGCUAUAUUCAGAUAAGUUCUCUUGUAAUUGUUUUUUUCAGUGUGAAGUAGCUAGUUAGAAAUACUUACUACAUGUUUGCUUGAUAUCAGCUGGCUUUAUUAAUAACUAAUGUCUGAGUACUUCAAGGACUUCUGCACAUGUUGACUAUCUUCUGCACGUUGAUUGAUUUUUAACUUUCAAUAAAUGUGGAAGCUGAAUGUUUAUAACCAAGGAAAUUACAAUAACAUUUAUUCACAUACUUCUGUUAGCAGGUGAAUGCACCAUAAGAGGUGCAUGACUGUCUGCCGUGUUGUAUUAAAGGAAGCAUCCAUUUGGGUCUCGCAAGGUCUGGUUAUAACUUUCAAAUGAAACAUAAUAUUCUCUCUUCAGUUAUAUUUACUUUUUUAAAAAUUAUUUUCAUUGGAUUUGCUCAGCUGUUACACAUUGAAGCCUUGUAGAUUCCUGUGUUGUGUAAGAGAAAUAGUCCAUAUCUGUCUGUUCUGUUAAUUCUGCAAGACAUAACCACUUGUAUUUCAGGCAGUCCUAAAGACAGAACUGCCAGUUACAGAAUAUAUAAAAAUCUGCUGCUGUCACAGUGAGGCUGAACCAUCAUAACUUGGCUUCUUAUAGAAGUGAGCCAGAAGCUGUGGUAUGUCUGUGAGAAACAACCAAGCUAUGAUGACAUGCCACUCCCUGUCACUCCAGAGGCUGCUAGGAUUGCUUGCCUGUCCCCAGAAGAGAUGGAGAAAAAGAGGAGCAGAGACAGACAGGAGAUUUCCAGCCAAGACCAGGAGUCCGUUGGUGAAAUAUGCUCUUCUGCUCCAUGCCUGUCUGAUGAGGGCACAAAGAAAACUUUGGUAACACAAGCAUUUAUUCAAAAACGAGAAAGAAGGCAGGAACAUGUUGUAAGAAUAUCCCAGCAGUCUACAGGCAUUUGUAGCAAUGAGAAAUGCAAUACCCCGAAAGAUGCACAGAUUGCAAAUCAUAGCCAUGAAGGCCAGUUUAUAGCUGUGAGCCCUGUACCUCAGCGUUUUUCUGUCAGUGCUUUAAUCCAUAGUUCUUCUGUUAAUCCUAAACCAGGAAAAAACGUUAGGAAUCUGGCAGCAUCAAAUCUGAUUCCGCAUAGUGGAUGUGAUAAAACGGGAAUGGAGGUAUGCAAUAGUGAUGUGUUAUUGAACCCAUGCUUGAAUCCUGCUCCAGCACUGGUUCACCCAAAAUGCCCUUCAGUUUCUCAUCAGAAACCUAUGUGCAGCCACAGCAAUUCUUUAUGUAUUACCUCAGGUCAAUCUCUCUCAAAACGAGGUGGUUUACGAACUCAGGAUGAAACUUUAGUGUCUGAUUUCCAUCUCAGGGAUACUGUGGGUAUCAGCAGCUCCCUAGAUCUUGGGACAUCCCCACAACUAGCAAGAUGCAAAAAUGUGAAGACAAACAGAGGUGAUGAAAGUUCAGUGGAUGAAACUAUUGAAGAUGUUAUUUUGAAAUACUGCCAUGGAACUACAUCUGAAGAAACUCAUUUCAAAGAAGAGAAUAAUCCCUGUUUAACUUUUUCAUCACUUCUGGACCAUACUCAUUUAGAGGGUUCUGAAAUGAGUUUUGACUGUGAUGUACCUAUUCAGGGAGGAACAAACUUACCCAAGGCAGCUAUAAAAGGUAUAGAAGUCCUAAAAGAGGUCCAAGUAAGUUUGCAAGAUAAAGACUAUGGAACACAGCUCUCUUCUGUUUUAAAAAGUGAGUCAGUAGAGAAAACAAAAGCAGUGAAACAGGAUGUUGUAGCUCAUACUGAAGAACCGGUUCUUCCAGCUCUGCCUCAUGUGCCUCCUUCUUUUGUGGGAAAGACUUGGUCUCAAAUAAUGUAUGAAGAUGAUAUAAAAAUUGAAAAACUUGUGCGUGAUUUCAGGGAAGGUCGUUUUCGCUGCUACUUUGACAGUGAAUCCGCAGCCAACUGUACAGGAAAGAGAAUGAAGAAAAAAAAGCAGAAGGAUGAAAAAAAGAACAAUAUCGUUGAGGGUAAUAGAACAGAAAGUGCAUCAGUUAAAGCAUUGCCAGAAUUUAAUGAUGCCUUAAGUGGUGGCUCUGAUUUUGGUAACCUAUCUUUAGCCUCAGAUACACUAUGCAACCCACAAAUUCUUAAAAUGCCUAGGAAAAGGACAUGGCGCCUGGCUUCAAGAUGCCAGGUGGUUAAAGUCAGCCAUGGCACCCAAACAAGUCUAUUGAACUACCCUGUAGCAAAAAGAAAAAUGUCUAGAAGGGAAUCUGAUCCAGCUGAUCAGAAAGCAAGCAUCGUGUGGCCGGAGAAUGAAAAAACUCCAAACAUGAAAACUAGACUAUGUGCCCUUAAACUUCCUGAGUCCUAUAGGAAGAUUAUGAGUCCUGUACAGCCCAAGACAGUGGUGUAUGUACUUUCGUGCCCAGAGAUAAAACAGUGUAAAGGUAAACCUAUAGAUAUUCCCAAAAUGAGGAAAAAUCGUAACUCCACAGGUAGCAAGGACUCUGUAAGGUAUAAAUACAAACAGUGUUCUUUUAAGUAUUAUGACCCACUAACAAAUCGAAUUUUGAAAAUGCCUCCAAAGAGUACAGUUGGAGAAAAAGCCAAAAAGCCCUCCCAUGUUCGACAGCUUUUCAGAAGUCUCAGCUUUGAUGCAAACAUGAGGAAACUAGCUGAUGCACAGAGAGAAAGCACGCCAUCAAAGUCAAUGAAUUGGUCAGACUUCUAUAGUUCAUCUUCAGCAUCUUUCCUGCCAGAUCCAGGUAAAGGGAAUGAUGCAGCCUCAAGCCAAAAGGCAGAUGGAUCUUCUGUUUCCACAGAAAGAACAGAUUGUUGGCUAUCUGGUCACUCUGAGAACUCAAAACACCUGGUCAUUUCACCUUUGAGCUCUCACCAGUCUGGGGUAGAAGGAGAUGUUAGAUUAACUCCAUUUAACAGUAGAGUUACCAAAACUCCUCUGACCUCCAUCAGGAGUGAGCGGUUAGAGAGAGAGAAUCCAAAGGCAAUAUGGAAGAGAAAAGAAAGCACUAAUAAAGAACCAGUUUUUUCCAGAAAGGCUGCAGGACCUAUGUCUGUCAGAUGUACUGUUGGGAGGAGAGGAAACAGAGUAACUGCAGGCAAACAAACUUCCAGAACUAAAAAACAGCAAAAAGAAGGGAUCAGAAGGAAACUUCGUCCUCGUGCCCAGAAAUCUUCUGCUUUCUCCAUCCACAGGUGCCAGACAAGGAAAACUACAGUGGGAAAGCACCGUAAGAAAGAAAAGUCUGAUGCUAAAAAAUUAAAGGUGAGGAGGAAACCAAAAAGGACCUUUCUGAACUCAACAGUUGUCACAGGGAGUCCUGAAAAGAGGCAGAAAGUCACAUCGGAAUCUUUUCCCAAGAAGCCAGAGUGAGCUUCUUCCAAAGUCGGGAACUGGGAAGUAAGUGGAGAUCGGGGUCACCCUAGCACUGUGAACUGACCCUCUUGAAGAAUUUCUGCUGUACCCUUACUUCGAAACUGUCUUGUUCUACCAGGUGAGAGCUAGCUACCAAAAGAACUUUUUUUUUUUUUUUAAUAGCCAGCCCCUGGGAAAGAUUGAGGAAGAGAAAAGGGAACAAAAGGAGGUCAUAGAUGAAGCAGUUGAAGCGCUAGAGUUGCAGAGUGUAAAGCCAGUCUAAUGUGAAACAAAUACAACUGUAAACUCAGCUUUUGUUCCUGGAAUAUGGGGACAUAAUGUAUUGCACUGUUCUACUGUGUAAAGCUGCAGAAGUUGUGCAUUUGAGUUAAAAAGCACUUAGAAUCCUAUUUACUAGACUUCACCUGUACAUUAGAAAAAUGAGCUUGAAUAGUAUCAUAUUGUUUUUAUGGUUUUAUCAGUGCGUAAUAGUGCACUAUAAGGUAAAUUAGAAAGUGUAGUAAUUAAUUGUGCCUAUUCUCAUUUCUUCCACAUAAUUCUAAAGUGCAAAAAAUGACUCGGUUGUUAUGCUAGAAAUUAAAUGAAGAUACAUUAAUCUGGGCUGUGUAUGUAUUUUGUGUUUGUGUAUAUGCACACCUCCUUCAACACGUAAUAUAUACUUGCCUAUGGAGUGGCAUUAAAAUUAAUACAGUAUGAUACAAUUCAGAUCAAUUCAGUGCUUUCUUGAAAUGAAAUAUAAUUGUACAUGUUUUUAUAUUGACUUUUUUUUCUGAAACCAUGUCCAAAGCAGUUAUUUUGGACAAAAAGUCACUGUGGGCUCUCGUCAAGCAAUAACGGACCAUGCUGGUAAGGAAAUAUGUCUCUCUAGGGCACUGUUCAAAUGGUGGUGGCUAAAGUGAAAUCUUAAAUUCCAAAAGAAAUAUAGGCUUAGGGUUUGGGGUGGGUUUUGCUUGUUUGUUUGUUUUUCUUUUUAAAUAGCUUAUUGAUCAAGUUUAUAGGUGAAUUUCACAUUCCUUAGUGGGGGGAUGAAAGACUUAUAAUACAAACAAAUAGCAGUGAGUUGUUCUAGAAUUUCAACCUUAAAUUGGAGUUUCUGUGCUUUUUUAUUUUUAAUUGGGUGUACUAUUGGUUACAUUUUUACGUACUAUAGUUGAAACUUUCUUUUUAAACUUUCAGUAAAAUAUUUAAGUAAACCUUAAGUAGCAUCCAUCUAAAUGUAUUAGAGUUCAAAUAUCUGUUUCAACAGAUAUUUAAAUAUCUCUUUUAAAAUAUUUAGUUGAAUUAAAAUUAUGUUCCAUAGUGACUCAUGUUUGGCCACUGAUGCUCUAACUACUGUGAUUUUAUGGCAAAAAAGACCGUAGUGGUUUGGUUUAGUUUUUUCUUUUUUUUGUUUUAAUAGUUAUGAUGACAGCUUAUUUAAUGUGUUUAGGAGAUAUAAACCCCAGUCUUGCAGAUGUUUCUAUGCUUUAAAAUCCAAGAUUAAUUGUUCAUUUGUAUUAAGUUAAGCAUAUAGUUAAACAUCAUCACAAUCAGGGCUCUGGUUUGUAAAUCUGCAAUUUGGUAUAUUAUAUAAUCUGUCUUACUUUAAAGGUCUUUGUAAAUUCUUUAGUGGUACAAUACAUCUUUCAGAACACAAGGAAAACAUAGAAAAGACCAGGUCCUGCUCUCUCUGCCAUUGAGCAUAAUAUCUGUGUGUUUUCCCCUGAAAAAACAAAAUAAUUCUUGAUUCAUUUUCUGAAGUGUCAAGGGUCACUGGUUUGGGUUGAGAUAAAGGUGGACUUUGAAAUGUUUUAUUUUAAUAUACAGUAUCUGAAGGAAGUAUAAAAGCUGUCAUCAUAAACCACUUGUUCAAAAAAUAUUUGGGGGAUUUUCUUAAUGUAUGUGUGUAUAUCCCAGGAUAAAGAAAAGAUGUGCAUGUACUUAAGCCAGCUGGAAACUAAGUUCCUUUACAAGUCAAAAAUGGUCUGACAGAUUUUUGAUUUUUUUUAAUUUAUUUUAUUUUUUUAAUAAACGUUGAUUUCUGUGGAUGUAUUUUCCUAUGGUUGUCAGUAGACACAGAACCUUAUGACCAUAUUGCAAGUCACUGGAAAAUGAAGGGUUAUAAUGUGAGUUCUUAUAGUCCUCUUAACUAAUUGUGCCUGUGUAAUUUAGUAUUUUGUCUAAUAUAAAAAUGAUUUUUUUAAAGCAAAGUUUUAAAGGCAUGGUUUUUAUAGAAAAGGUAAUUUUUAGAUAAAGCAAAAGAAGAUUUUUAAAGAAAGUGUGUUUUAAAGCAAAGCUUUAAAUUAACUCUAUAGAGAAGUCCCAUUCUAACAUAUUUUUAUGAUACAAGAAUGUUUUCCUAUCUAACUUCUUCCAUCUUUAUUUUUCACAGUAUUGUACACAUGAAGAGCAUGAAUUGUUUUGUGUGUGAAUAAGGCUUAAUGCACAUUGUACUUUAAGAUCACUAGUGGAUAUUUGUUUACAGCCAAAAAUACUGUUCUCCCUACUUGUUCAUUGCAAGCUUGUGUUCCUCCAGCACACAACUUUUCCUGGAAACCUUGAGUAGUAAAAAUAUCUUGAGGACUAUAGAAUGACUAAAAUUUUUAGUCUGUAAUUUUUUUUUUUUUUAAAUAGUAGACCUUGUCAGGGUUGGGUUUUUAAAAAGAAAAAUGUAUUAUAUUUAAAUAAAAUUGUAAGUAACUAUAUAUUUUCCUUAAAACCAAAACAAAACCAAAAAACCAACCAAAAAAGUAUGAAAUGUAACAAUUUUUAUAAAAAAUAAGACUUGGGUUACAAGUCUGGAAACAUUUCUGUGGUUGACUGUCAAAAUAAGAUUUGCUGUAAGCUUGGAUGUUAUUCUGUGCCUCACUUCUGACUGUUUAGAAACUUCUGUGCAUGCUCAAUGACUAGUAGAAGAAAGGAGAUAUGAGAAAUAAAUGUAGAAACUGCUUUGGAAAGAGACUUGAAGAUAUGUGCAAAACAUAAAAAAAAUGCAGAGAUGCUCAAUAUCAUGUGCAUGAAGGAGAAAAGAGAAGUUUUCUGGGGUCUUGAGGAAUUAGUCAAACACUUCCCUAUUAGAUAAAUGAUACAGAUUCUGCUACCAUUUUUGAAUAGCAUGUUGUUUCAUUAGCAGCGUGGCUGAAACUUUGAAACGUGAUUGUGAAGUCUACACCAAUGGAAAACUUCAGAGCUGAAAUACUUUCUCACUGAAAUUGAUGGGAGGGUUGGUUGGGGGUGGGGGGGUUAUUUGUUUUUUUUUGUUUUUUAACAUUAGUGGACAAAGAUGGUUCAGUAUGUUUGCAUGUCUUAAUCUAGAGAAGCAAGAAAAGAUAACUGGAUUAAAGAGGAAUAAAGUAAUGCUUUUUGAAUCUAAUUCGCAGCAGAUAGGUGCAGGAUAUUUUAUAGUAGUUGAGAAAAAUAUUACUGUUUCUUCUUCUAUGCAUAUGUGAUUUCGACCUUCUGCAAGUUCAUACUUACGGUUUUUAUACAGUUCAUCAUUUUAAAAGUCUCUCCUCCCUCAAAGUACUCAUUCAACCUUUUAAAACAAUCUCAUUCUAAGUAGCUUGAUUGUUAUUAUUCACUUGGAUUGUGAACCUUGAGUGUGACCUAGACUCAUACUGUGCCAGGUGCUAACCAAACAUAGAAUAGCAAGUCCCCAAAAUGUUAGAUGUUUGAAGCUUGCACCUAGCACUUCUUCAGUUCCUUUUCUCAUACAAUCUUUUGCUUUCUAGUUCUUUCUGACAAGUUUGCAUCCAUUUCUUUUAAUUGUAGUAUGAAAGUUCUCCUCUCUGGGACUUGGAUAAAAUGAGGUAUUUAGUUGUAUUUAUGAUGAGACUAUGACUUAAUCUGAAGGUGUGUUUAAGUUUCAUGCUAAAUUUGUGCCCAAAUGAGAAUAUGUGUUUUUGUGGUUUUCAUGUUCUCAUAAUUGGUAAUGUAUUUUGCAAAACUCUUGCUUGGUGCUGUAAUUUUUUACCUGCUUCUCUGUCUCUACUGUCUGUAGUCAUUUGACGCAAUGUGAGUUUGUAAGAAUACAGUGGUAUUACCAAACUUGUCCAGUGCUAUUGCUGGAUGUUCUUUCUUUGUAUCUUCAGCUCAUUUAAUUUCAGAUUUAUUGUUUCCAUGUUUUUCCUCGGUCAUGCAUUUGGUUUUUUUUUUAAUGUUGUGAAGAGCUAAAUUACACGACAGGAUAUUCUGUUUGGAAGUAAAUCAGUGACAGGUAACAGAAACUGAUGGUGUCCUGAUCUGAAGUGCAGAGGACAAGGUGGCAUAUGUGCUCCUGUGCUUGGGAGUCUGCUUACUUCAGUGAGUAGUGCAAAAUGGGAGUGGGAUGAUGAUUCUUGAUUUCUUUAGCUGUCUUCCGUUCUCUUUCCCCUAGAGUAACUCUGCCUGAGAAUGGAGUAAUCUGAAUUCACACUUAUUCUGGAAAUAGAACAGUGUUUCAACUGUUGAUGUUUUGGGGACAGAUAAGAAAAGUAAAAUGUAUCUCACUUGCUAAUGCAAUUAAAAUUCCAGAAUUUUUGUCUUUAAUGAUAUAUCUGCUAUGAAUCACAGCAUUGCCGAUAAUUUUUUUCAGGAAACUUUGUAGUAGCAUAGGUCUGAGCAUGCCCAGAAGCAAAGGUUUUGUUCCUUGUUUGCUUGUGUUUUCCAGUUAUGAGCUUAUUCAUUCCUUCAGCAGAAAAAAAUCUUGUUUUAAUAAAAUAAAGACUGAAUUUGCA